GUGGGUGUGUGUGUGAGUGGGUGUGGGGGUGUGUGGGUGUGGGUGUGUGUGUGUGGGUGUGUGUGUGCGCGCGAGCUGCGACCCAGUGCGUUCCAUCCUGGCGGUCCACGAAUGGCACAGGGAAACCAGCAGAUUGACACCCAGGUUCUGCAGCAACUGCGCCAGAAGUUUCCGGGAGUGCCCGAGGGCGUGGUCUCUGAUUGUGUCAUACAGAAUAAGAACAACUUGGCAGCGUGUUGUGAGCAUCUGACCCAGGUGAGUUCCGGCUUCCUGUACAGCGAGGGAAACCCCAGCGUGACGGACCUGCGCAAUCACAUGACCCAGCUCAACCUGGGCGUCUCACAGAAUUCCCAUGGUGCCGUGCAGCGUGACUCGGCGAGAAUGAAUGGCAGCAGGACUCUCUCUCACACAUUGAGCGAGGGGCCGGUCAACACCCCCCCUCCGCCCUCCGACUUCUACCAGGCCGAGCCCCGGUCAGCCUCGGCGCACACCCCUUCUGCCCUCAAUGCCUUCUGUAUGAUGGAGCAGCCUCGCAAGCCCCUGCCCCCACAGUACCUCGGCCUGUAUCAGCUCGGGGCCUCCAAGAGCCACGGGCCAUCUCCAGCCCCUCGCUUCAACCCCAUCACCGUGACGCUGGCACCCAACGCGGGCCGCAACACGCCCACGUCGCUGCACAUCCACGGCGGGCCCCAGGCGGGCCCCAACAGCCCCAACUCCAUCUACAUUCGUCCGUACGUGACCCAGGCUGGCAGCACGCGGCAGGCUCAGGCCUGGGGCCAGUACAGCCCCACGUCGCAGCCGGCUCAGCAGAUCUAUCAGAUCACGCACCCGGGCGCCCAGCACCAGACCUCGCAUGUUUACAUGCCCAUCAGCUCACCCACGACCCCCCAGCCUCCCUCUGUCCUGCAGGCAGCCUCCGCGACAGCCUCCCAGGCCAGUUCCUCUUCCUCAUCCUCUUCCUCCUCAUCCUCCUCGACGGCAGCAUCGGGUGGCGCCCCGCUCUCAUCCUCUUUCAGCCAGUUCAACAUCCAGAACAUCUCCACAGGGCCAAGGAAGAACCAGAUCGAGAUCAAGCUUGAGUCGCCGCAGAGAGUGGGUGGGGCUUCCGCUGCUGCCACGGCAACCCUGCUGUGCUCUGGUUCCAGCCCGCGACCUUGUAGCUCUGCAUCUUCAUCCUGUCCGUCACCCUCUCCUUCUUCACUCGCGGCCUCUACGGUCCCCUCCACCCCGCUCUCGAUCGAAGGGACAGGGCAUAAUCGAAGCCAACCCACCGUCUAUAUCUCCGCCUCUCCACCUGCUGCUGCUAAUACCUCAUUGGACGAGUGCACGCUCAUCGCACCCCCUACCCGUUCCCAGCCCAAGUUCUACAUCUCCGCCAACGCGUCUUCAGACGAGGGAGGCUCCCGUAACCCUCCAACUGUGUACAUAUCAGCCAACCCUGCACUUCAGGGUGUGGCGGGUGGGCGGAGUCUGGGCAGCCAAGUCAGCAUGGGUCCCGCCUACAUCCACCAUCAUCCGCCCAAGUCCCGCGCCUCCAUGGGAUCUGCCGGCACGGCCACGUCGCCUCGGGUGGUGGUGACGCAGCCCAACACCAAAUACACCUUCAAAAUCACCGUGUCGCCCAACAAGCCGCCUGCCGUCUCUCCAGGCGUGGUCUCGCCCACCUUCGAGCCCAACAACAUGCUGAGUCUACCUGCCGACCACCACUACCCGGAGCCCGAGCCACUGCACCUCUCUGACCCACUCUCGGCCCACCGAGACCGGCCCACGGAGGCCCGGAGGCCUAGCAUGGGCUCCGACGACAUCGCCUACACCCAAGCACUGUUGGUGCACCAGAAGGCGCGUAUGGAGCGAUUGUGUCAUGAAUUAAAGCUGAAAAAGAAAGACCUAGAGAAACUUAAAGAGGAAGUGAAUGAAAUGGAGAAUGACCUCACAAGAAGACGACUGCAGAGGUCCAAUUCAGUCUCUCAGAUACCAUCGCUUGAUGAAAUGCAACAGCUGAGAUGUAAGAACAGGUUAUUGCAGAUUGAUAUCGACUGCUUAACUAAAGAGAUUGAUCUCCUGCAGGCACGAGGACCACACUUCAAUCCUAGUGCAAUCCACAAUUUCUAUGACAAUCUGGGCUUUGUAGGCCCUGUUCCACCCAAGCCAAAAGGUACCAUAGCAGCAGGCUCGGACCACUGGGGCUCUGUGGACAGGCGGGGACGCAGGAUCAACGUCAGCUCGAAGCUGAAGAGAGACCCUUCUCUCCCUCCUGUGCCUCCCUGCCUCCCUGCACCUGUGGAGUCAAGCAGUAGGAGCAUGAAGGCUGUGUCAGAGGUUGAAGAUGAUGAUGGUGUUCAGUGGGGUUGUACAGCCUGCACCUUCCUCAACCAUCCUGCCCUCAACCGCUGUGAACAGUGUGAAUUCCCCCGACACUUCUGAGCCCCACAGACAUUCACUCACUCUCUCUCUCUCGUAUACAUUCAUUCAUACGUACAUUCAUUCAUUCAUUCAUACAUACAUACAUACACAAGUACAGGUACAUGCGACUCAUUCACCAGAAAGACUAGAACAGACAUAUUUUUGUUGGAAACAUGGACAUAAACGUGUGAGAGAUCACGUGUAUUUCGGUGUUUAUUUCCUCUCUCCCACCUGUCUUUCUCUAUAUCUCUCUGUGUGAGAAUCUCCCUGUCUCUCUUCCUCUCUGGGUGUGUGUUUUGCUACCCACUGAAGACUGGAUGAUGUUUACAGGUUUUUUUCCCCCCCAUUUCUAUCUGUCGAGCCAAGCUGAGCACGUGUGUGUGUGUGUGUGUGUGUGUGUGUGUGUGUGUGUGUGUGUGUGUGUGUGUGUGUGUGUGUGUGUGUGUGUGUGUGUGGAGUGGAGGGUUCCCCUGCUGGCUCCAUAAUCAAUCUCAGUGCUGCCUGAAACAGUAUUAUCAAAGUGUGUGUAUACAUGCACACCCUCCAAGCAACAUUGUGCCUUACGCUUGGGAACUGCCCCGAGAGCCGUCUCCUCUCUUUACCUGAAGGGAAUACCUAACAGACUACUUCCUGGACUUAACUCAUUUGCUCUUCCCAAAGGAUUAUGGGAUGAAUCUGUGGAACGUUCACCAAAUCAGAGUCUACCCUCUCCUGCCUGUGUUGUCUUGCUCUUUCAUUCAUUAAAAUGAAAAGGAAGCUGAACUGCAUGCUUUAGAUGUACAGUGCACAAAGGAGACCCUGCCCCUCACCCAAGCUUUGUACUGUACAUAGUUCUAGGAUGAGCUUUUAAAUGACGUGUUUGCUUUCUUGAGCUGUCACGUGUAUUUUCUUGUAAUUAUAGCUUCAUAGGCUUCAGUUAUUUUAUGUGUUGGGUUUUUUCCUUGUUGACUUUUUUGGAUUGUUACUCAGAAGAGUACGGUUUCUCUCUAUUUUAGUUUAGUGAGGAGCGCAACAGGAGGGGCUGAGGGGUGGGGCGAGAGGUGUGGCGGAGGUGUGGCUAUCCGAUGUCUCCACCCUACGCUCCUCCCACAGUGUACGGCCUGCGGGCACAGCAGAGAUGGAGAGGAUGGAGUGUUCAGGACAAAGCCAGCGACCUCCGACGGGGCCAAGGUUUCCACAGGGUCUCUGCAGAAAACCAAACAGCAGCCCUCAAACAAGAUGAUAAACCACCAUUUUAUGACAACUGGAAUGUAGGUUUUAUAUUUGGAGAUUUUUACUCUACACCUUUUGUGCCAUGGAAACGACGCCUCUGCAUGCACCUCUGUCGAAAAAGGCGUCCCUGACUCUAUCCAUUUACACAGCGCUGCGAGUUGAGAGCAAAGACUUGUGGAACGUGUGGUUUUGGUACCCGUGUGCCCUCCUAAAUGCUGACGAGAAGGUUUUUUUUUUUUUUUAUUGGAAGAUGGAGCGUACCCCACAAGCAGCAUGGAUCAGGUGGAUCAAAAGUUUCGGAGUCAGCAUUUCUGUGCAAAGCCAAAGCUGUCACCUUGUGCCUUCAGUUGAGGCUCUUACGAGAGACACUCUGCUAUUCUAAUGGACAGUGCCUUGGUUUUGUUUUGUUUUGUUUUUUUGUUUUUUUUUUGUUUUUUUUUGUUUAGUUUUUUUUCUUUGUAGAUUUAAUUGAGUCUCCCAUGCAAGGCCAUCAUGAUGAUGUUUUAAAUGUUUGUCUUAUUAAUUUUACCUUAAUUUUGGAAGAAAAUGAUUAGCUGCAUUAUGAUGUGAAGAAGUGUCAUUUUCAAUUCCACAUCGUACUGCCUGAAUUUGUGGCCUUAUUAAAGUUUUACUGGAUGAAUAAUCCUUGCAGCAAUGAGGUCAAUAUGGUCAUUACGAACAGCCUGAAUUGAAGGUGUCUCACCCCAUAGACUUAGUAUUGGAUUAAAAUUAAAAAAAAAAUUAAAAAUGACAUUAAUGAGAUUAAACUUUGGGAGGGGGGAGAAGAAAUUAUUUGGAUAUCUAAAGCAGUUUUUAAUUUUAGUGGGGAAAACUGUCUUUAUAACAUAAGUUAUUUGUAAAAAAUAAACAAAAUAUUCUGAA